AAAUUAUCACAAAAGAAAAAAGUUUUUAUAUAUUUUCAUCAAAACAGAUUUAGGAAACAUGAUUUCUUGGUAUCUAAUCUUUGCACUCUUGGUUGCGACGAGCGUAUGUCAAAGACCAUCUUACGCUGGAAGCAGACCUAUAGGGUAUCCUGCUCUUGAGGAGAUAACAGAAGAGCCUACGAGCGCUAGAGUAGACUCAAAGAUGGCAUUUGGAACUACAACAAUGUCGACACCAAUACGAACAACGACCGUAAGGCUACCCAUUGAGGCUUUGGGAGACAGAAGACUGGUUGAAACCCUUCUCAAACUGCCUUUAGAUAAACAGCCAUUCUGGUUGUUAAAUUGGAAAAAAUUGGAAGACAAUAGAACAAAGCCGAAAACUUAUCCACUCAAGGCAAAUUCAUAUCUACAUCAUAUACCCACAUCUCAUCCUCGACCCGGACUAUAUCCUUAUAAACCAUAAUUUCAUUUACAAUUUUUUUUAUUACCUUUUUUUAGACAAAUACGAUUACUUUGUGCUUUAUCGGUUACUAA